AUUGUCAGGGCUCAUCUCUCUGUAGCAGCUUUUAGAAACCUUAGACUCCACGCACUUUCUUCAACAAUCUCUCCAUCCCAUCUCUAUUUAAACCCUAGAACUGCAACAUUCUUUUACAUGGAGAAUAUAAACAUGGAAGAACAUUAUGCCCAUGAUCUCCAUUCUUUUUGGAGCCUAUUGCUCUCACUUUCCUUCUUUUUCAUUUACUCAACGUGCUCAUCGGAACCAGAGGUUCAUAUAGUCUACUUAGGGCACAGCGCACAGCAUGACCAUCAACUCACCUCGGGCUUGCAUCAGCAACUCCUCCUUAACGUUUUCGAAAGCGAAGAAGAAGCUGCACAGUCCAAGAUCUAUUCCUACACAUACGGGUUCUCCGGUUUUGCAGCGAAACUCACACCGGACCAAGCCGCCACCAUAGCCAGAAAGGAAGGAGUGGUGUCGGUGUUCAGGAGCAAGAUUCUGAAGCUGGACACGACAAGGAGCUGGGACUUCAUGGGCCUUCCAUUACAGGAGACCCCUGAUAAUGACGAAGCCCCUCAUGGUGCAGUUUCAUCAACCUUUGGCGAUGACGUCAUUGUGGGGGUCAUUGACUCAGGGAUAUGGCCUGAAUCCGCGAGCUUCCGGGAAGAGCCCUGGAUGGGCCCGAUCCCACGGACCUGGAAGGGAGAGUGCAUGUCGGGCCAGGACUUCCCGUCGACCACGUGCAACCGCAAGCUCAUCGGAGCCCGGUACUACGUAGCCGGUCUGGAGCAGGAGCUCGGCCCUCUCGACACCUCUUCCGGCACUGAGUACUGCUCGCCCCGGGACCGGCUUGGCCACGGCACUCACACAGCCUCCACUGCUGUCGGCUCCAUAGUCCACAACGUCAACUUCUUCGGGCUCGGUUCGGGCACGGCCCGGGGCGGGGCCCCGAGGGCCCGGCUUGCGGUGUACAAGGUCUGCUGGAACAAAACCGGGGACAGCGCCGGCGAGUGCAGCGAGGCCGACAUUUUGGCGGCCUUCGAGGGCGCCCUGAAGGACGGCGUCCACAUAAUAUCCGCGUCGAUUUCCACGACGAUCGGACAGCUGCUCCCGUUCUUCAACUGGAGUGCGGAUAUCGGGAGCUUCCACGCCAUGCAGAAGGGCGUGACGGUGGUGUUCUCGGCAGGGAACUACGAGUACUCGCCGGACCCAUCGAGGGUCAAGAAUGUGGCCCCGUGGUCGAUCUCCGUCGCGGCUUCGACGAUCGACCGCUCGUUCCCGACGCAGAUGGUCUUCGACAACAACUUGACUGUCAUGGGACAAAGCAUGAUCACCACCGAAGUAUAUGCACUCUUGAUAGAUGCCGGCUUGUUUUUUUCCAACGGGGCUUGUUUACGGGAAGGAUGGAACAACAGACCGGCUGCCGGCAAAGUCAUCCUGUGCUUUUCAACAAUGGGAUUUAUAACGAGCGCCGAGGCAGCGGCUGCGGUCAAGAAGGCCGGUGGAUCGGGGUUGAUCUUCGUCGAGCCUCUAGGCAGGCAAGUCCCUUAUGUCGAUGUGGUCCCGACGGUUUACAUCGACAUUUACCAAGGCACGAAGCUCCUGCACUACCUCGGUUCAUCCGAAUGGCUCCCAACGGUGAAAAUAACGCCGGCCAAAUCACUAGUCGGGAAGGUGCCGGCACCAGAAGUGGCAUUCUUUUCCUGCAGAGGACCAAGCGCUCUAUCGCCCGAUAUUCUCAAGCCAGAUUUAAGCGCUCCAGGAGUCAACAUUCUAGCGGCAUGGCCUCCGAAGACGCCGCCAACUCUGUCUCCUUCGGACAAACGCUCGGUGAAUUGGAGUUUUCAGUCGGGGACGUCCAUGUCGUGCCCUCACGUGACCGGCACAGCUGCACUUGUCAAAUCGGCCCACCCGGAUUGGUCGCCGGCAGCCAUCAGAUCGGCGCUGAUGACAACCGCUUACACCAAGGACACCAAGUCCGAAUAUUUCCUGUCGGGCGGAUCGACCAAACCCUCCGACCCAUUUGACAUUGGCGCUGGCCACAUAAACCCGACGAAAGCCAUCGAUCCAGGGCUAGUUUAUGACAUGAAAGCCGGCGACUACGUCAUCUUCCUCUGCAACAUCGGUUAUACCCAGGAACAGAUAGCAAAGGUGGUCCGUCCGGGGACCAACCACACCUGCCCACGCGUGCACACCAGCAACUCGAAUCUCAACUACCCUUCGAUCACGGUCUCGGAUCUCCAGACCACGAUGACAAUCAGGCGGACCGUGCGAAACGUCGGCUGGAACAGGAACGCGGUCUAUACUCCUCGCGUCGUCAGUCCUAGUGGAGUGGACGUAGCAAUUUGGCCCCGAUUGCUGGUUUUCUCGCACUAUAAGGAUGAGAACACGUAUUACGUGACAUUGAACCCGCGGAAGAAAUCUGAGGGCAGGUACGAUUUCGGCGAGGUCGUGUGGUCCGACGGGUUCCACACGGUUAGGAGUCCACUGACCGUUUGUGUGAACAACAUUGGUGAUGGUACCGAGUCCAUGUCCUACACUACUGACAUCUAGGCUCAAGUGGGUCAUUUCUUGUUCAUCUCGUAGUCCACUUUUCAAAUUUUAAUAAUCAUUAGGCUGCUGUUACAGCCUAAUCUUGAAGCGAAACCGUCGCUCUACUUGUAAGAAAGACAUUGCCAUGCCUCCAGUAAGACUGUAUCUUGUUGAUCGAGAGUA